AUGUCUCUCGCCUCCGCUUCCGGUUCUUUGCUGCGCUCUUGCGCCCGCCAGCAGCUGACCACCUCGCGCGCUGCCCUCGCCUCCUGCCAGCAGUCCCGGGGGGUCGCUGACGCCUCCAAGGCCUCCUUCCAGAGCCCCUUCGGCUCCACGACCACCAAGAUCCCCGACUUCAGCAAAUACCAGUCCAAGAAGUCCCCCCGCUCCAACCAGGUCUUCUCCUACUUCAUGGCCGGCUCGCUCGGUCUGGCCUCUGCCGUCGGUGCCAAGGCCACCGUUCAGGACUUCCUCGUCAACAUGUCCGCCUCCGCCGACGUCCUCGCCCAGGCUAAGGUUGAAAUCGGCCUCGGUGCCAUCCCCGAGGGCAAGAACGUCAUCAUCAAGUGGCGUGGUAAACCCGUCUUCAUCCGUCACCGCACCCAGGGCGAGAUCGACGAGGCCAACCAGAUUGACCACACCACUCUCCGUGAUCCUCAGACCGACGAGGAGCGUGUUCAGGACCCCAAGUGGCUCGUCAUGCUUGGUGUCUGCACCCACUUGGGUUGUGUCCCCAUCGGUGAGGCCGGUGACUAUGGCGGCUGGUUCUGCCCCUGCCACGGUUCUCACUACGACAUCUCCGGCCGUAUAAGGAAGGGUCCUGCCCCCCUGAACCUCGAGGUUCCUCAGUACAACUUCCCCACCGACGAGACCCUGGUCAUCGGUUAG